AAACAGAUUGUAUUUGGGGGUUCAUACUCCAUUGUAAGGCGAGAGUGUGUCCCUCUCACUCAAUCUUCAUUUUCAAUGGCCGCACCUCAUUUUCUAAAACAGGCUCUGCUGCUUCGAGCUUGCUUCCAUACCUACAAACACUUCACCGUCAGAGCAGUUACGGCGCGCCCCCGACUAUGGUGCAGCGCCGCCAUCACUCCACCGUCGGAAAAACCGAACGGUAAUAGACUUAACUAUGUCAACAACACGCUAAAUCUCAGACGCGAUGAUUACUCGUCGAGUUCCGUUCGUUUGGAUGAUGAACCUGAGUACCGAAAAUGGAAGGAUAAAGAAGACGAGAUUCUCAAUGAUAUUGAGCCUAUUCUAUUGCUUACUAAGGAAAUUCUUCACUCGCCAAGGUAUAUGGAUGGAGGGAGACUAACUGUGGAGGAUGAGAAAAUGGUAGUAGAGAAGCUCCUUGCUUAUCAUCCACACUCUGAAGAUAAGAUGGGAUGUGGUCUUGAAUCCAUUAUGGUUGACCGUCAUCCCCAAUUUCGACACUCAAGGUGUCUUUUUGUUGUAAGAACUGAUGGUGGGUGGAUUGAUUUCUCAUAUCAGAAGUGCCUUCGGGAAUACGUUAGAGCGAAUUACCCAGCUCAUGCCGAAAGGUUUAUUCGAGAACAUCUUAAGCGCGGGAGUAGUUGAUGUACAUAUAGUAGAACUUGUUUACUUUGGUAAGAAAAUAUUUAAUACUGUGACUACUUUUCACAUCUAUUCCCCCUCUUCCCACAGUUUUCGGUGCCUUAAAUAGGUUAUCAAUUGUAGUAGAUAAUCAUAAUCUUGUUUUGAAGGGAAUGCAAAAAUAAUUGAAGUGAACUUCACUUAGUGGACUUGUGGAACA